GGAAACAGAGGGUGUGAGGAUGUUGUAUGUUAAGGGGGGUGUAGGGUGUAAAAAAAAGUGUUCAGAGUGGGAGGAGUUAGGGGAGUGACGUGAACGGAAGCUGGGAACCGGCUGAGUGAGGCCUGGGUAGUUGUACUGAGAGCCAAAACCAGAAGUGGCAACGACCUGUUCAUGUCCAGAGCAAGCAGGCUUGCACCGUGGGAAAUCGCGUGGUGCAGACCUGGAGUCUGAACACAGUGGACUUCGGGGAAAGUAAAACUCUGGGAAGCUACGAGUGCCGCGCGGAGCAUCCUGGGGUGUCAGCAGCGCCCCGGCUGGAACCGCCUCCCUUCUGCUCUGGAUCCUCCCAGGGCUCACUGAUCACCCAGACCUGCUCACCUGUGGAACACAACAAAGAGCCAUAGACGGUGGAGAUACAGGAGACAAUAGCAUAGGAUCCAGGACCACAAGCUGGCUAUUUAUUUAUUCCUAAAAGAGAAACUGAGAGACAAGAAACAGAAAGAAAUGGAUGCUUUUCCAGUAAACAUGUCCCAGCGUCUAUUGACCUUUGGGGAUGUGGCUGUGGAUUUCCCUCAGGAGGAGUGGGAAUGCCUGGACUCUGCUCAGAGGGCUUUGUACAUUGAUGUGAUGUUGGAGAAUUACAGCAACCUGGUUUCUGUCGAGAACUACUGCAUAUGUGAUACUGUCCAUCAACAUGUGAAGACUGAAAAAGAAUCUUGUCCUCAUAAUGAGCAUGGUGAAAUGCUUCAUGUUCCUUCCCAUGAUGCACUUUAUAAAAGAAGUGACACUACAGAAACUUCUAAUAACUACAGGUGCUAUAAGGACAUGGAUUCCUCUGUUGACUCCUCAAACCUAUACAGACAUAGGGGCAUGCACACUGGAGAAGAACCUUGCAAAUCUGAAGACGGUGAGAGAUCUUUAAAUGUGUGUUCCAGCUUUAUUCAAGAUGAAAGACUCUACACUGCAAAUAAAGAUCACAGAGAAGAAGAAUAUGACAACUAUUUUAACUGUACAUAUAAUAAUCUUAUACAACAAACAAUCUACCUUGAGAAACCACAUAAGUGUGGGAAAUGUGGUAAAUGCUUUAGUACCUCCUUAAGGCUCAUUAAGCAUCAAAGAAUUCAUACUGGAAAGAAACCUUACAAGUGUAAUCUUUGUGACAAAUCCUAUAACCAGUGUGCAAAUCUUAAAAUACAUCAAAGACUUCAUACUGGGGAGAAACCUUACAAAUGCCAAGACUGUGGAAAGUCAUUCCGUCAAACCUCUGUACUUAAAAGCCAUCAGAAAAUGCACACUGGAGAGAGACCUUACAAGUGUAAGCAAUGUGACAAAUCCUUUGCCCACUCUUCCAGUCUUAGGACACACCAGAAAAUCCAUACUUCAGAGGAACAUUGUAGUUGCCCAGAAUGUGGCAGGGAAUUUCAUCAGCUUUUACACUUUAGAAAACAUUACAGACUCCAUACUGGAGAGAAGCCUUACAAAUGCAAUGAGUGUGACAGAUCUUUUACCCACUAUUCAUCAUUAAAAUGGCAUCAGAAAACUCAUUCUCCAGAGAUUUAUUAUGAAUGCAAAGAAUGUGGUAAGUCCUUUAUUGAAUUAUCACAUCUUAAAAGGCAUUACAGAAUCCAUACUGGUGAAAAACCUUAUAAAUGUGAGAUAUGUGACAAAUCCUUUACUGUGAAUUCAACUCUUAAGACACAUCAGAAAAUUCAUACUGGAGAGAAACCAUACAAAUGUAGGGAAUGUGACAAAUCCUUUACUCAUAAGUCACAUCUUAGAAGACAUCAGAGUGUCCAUACUGGAGAGAGACCUUACAGAUGUAAAGAGUGUGACAAAACUUUUACUGAGUGCUCAACUCUUAGAGAACAUCAGAAAAUUCAUACCGGAGAAAAAGCUUACAAAUGUGGAGAAUGUGACAAAUCUUUUACCCAGCAUUCAUAUCUCAGAAGUCAUCUCAGAGUUCAUACUGGAGAGAGACCUUAUGUAUGUAAGGAAUGUGGCAAAUCUUUUACUACAUGCUCAACUCUUAGAACACAUCAGAAAAUUCAUACAGGAGAGAAACCAUACAAAUGUAGGGAAUGUGACAAAUCUUUUACUCAGGACUCACAUCUUAGAACACAUCACAGAGUUCAUACUGGAGAGAGACCUUACAGUUGUAAGGAAUGUGACAAAACUUUUACUCGGUGCUCAUAUCUUAGAGCACAUCAGAAAAUUCAUACUGGAGAGAAACCUUACAAAUGCAAAGACUGUGAUAUAUCCUUUCUCCGAAUUUCUAGUCUUAGAAUACAUCAGAAAAUUCAUACUGGAGAGAAACCUUACAAAUGCAAAGACUGUGACAUUUCAUUUAACCAGAUUUCAAAUCUCCGAAGACAUCAGAAACUUCAUACUGGUGAGAAACCUUACAAAUGUAUGGAGUGUGACAAGACUUUUACUCAUAACUCAAAUCUUAGAGCACAUCAGAGAGUUCAUACUGGAGAGAAACCAUAUGUGUGUACAGAAUGUGACAAAUCUUUUACUAGGUGCUCCUAUCUUAGAGCACACCAGAAAAUUCAUACUGGAGAGAAACCUUACAAGUGCAAAGAUUGUGACAAAUCCUUUAUCCAACUUUCAAAUCUUAGAAGACAUCAGAGAGUUCAUACUGGAGAGAAACAUACCAAUGUAAAUCAUGUGACAUAGCAGUUAUUUAGUAUUACCUUGGCUUACAAACCCUAACAUUAUAUGUAAUAGAAAAUAAGGAUGAGAAACUUGUGAAAGUUUUUUAAUGAAGUUUUAAAUCUUAGAAAAUAGCAUAGAAUUUAAGUUAAAAUUUUGCAAAUGUUAUUGUGUGAAAAGUUUCCUCUCCCCCUCCCUCUUCCUUCGUGUGUGUUUGGGUAUGAGUAUAUAGGUGCUUUUGUGCUUUUAUCACUGCACUACACGUAUGCACAGUGCCCAUGAAAGCCAGAAGCUAGCAAGAGAUCCCCUGAAGCUGGAGAUAAAGUUGUGUUUAUGUGUGUAUUGGGAAUUGAUCCCAGUUCUCUAAAAGAGCAGCCCUUGCUUUUAUCUACUACGCUAUUUCUAUAUCCCCUGGGCAGAGUGACAAUUAAAACAU